AUGGAAGAUUACGAGAAGAAUAUGUUGCCAAGAGACCUUCAGACGAUCCUCGCUCCUCUCACCACCGUCGGCAACCUUCCCUUCCGUCGCCUCUGCAAGCUCCAGGGAUGCGACAUCACGGUCGGGGAGAUGGCGUUAGCAUCCAAGAUUGUUGAGGGCAACGGGGGGGAGUGGGCCUUGUUCAGAAGGCACGUCAGCGAAGACGUCUUUGGCAUCCAGAUCGCGGGAGGAUGGCCGGACGUGGUUGCCAAGUGUGCAGAGCUCUUUGAGAGAGAGUGCUCAGCCGACUUCUUCGACCUGAACUGCGGCUGUCCUCUCGACGGGAUCUGCGGGAAGGGGAUGGGUGCUGAGCUGUUGGAGAAGCCGCAGCGGCUGCAAGAGAUCGUCACCAUCGCUUCCAGGACGACUUCUCUCCCCAUGACGGUGAAGAUUCGUGUCGGGCAGCACGAAGACCCCAGCAGGAGGAACGCGCAUCUCCUCGUCCCACGACUCGCCGACUGGGGCGCAUCUGCAGUCACCAUUCAUGGAAGGAGCCGCCAGCAGCGAUAUUCCCGUCUUGCAAAUUGGGAAUACAUAGAAGAGCGACCAGUGAUCGGCAACGGAGACGUGCUUUCCUGGGAGGACUACGAGCAGCAUCUGCAGGGCGGGAAGGUUCAGACCUGCAUGAUAGGACGAGGAGCGCUCAUCAAGCCUUGGAUCUUCAAGGAGGUCAAGGAGCGCAAGUAUUGGGACAUCAGAAGCAGCGAGCGGCUCGAGAUGAUGAAGGACUUCGUUCGCUUCGGCCUCGACCACUGGGGAAGCGACAGUGUGGGAGUGGAGAAGACGAGGUCCUUCUUCCUGGAGUGGCAGGCCUGGCACUGCCGCUACAUCCCUGUGGGUCUCCUGGAGAUCCUGCCGCCAGUGAUCAACCAUCGCAACCCUGGAUUCACAGGGCGCGACGAGCUAGAAACGAAACUCGCAAGCACGCAAGCUGACGACUGGAUCAAGCUCUCCGAGAUGUUCCUCGGACCGGCUCCCCCAGACCUCAAGUAA